ACACAUACAUACAAGUACAUACUUGUUCUAUGACAAAACAUAACCUAUAAUAAAAAGAGAACCUGGAAUUGAAUAUUUUAAAUAUUCUUUUGAUUUUUAAUACUCAAUUAAUCUAAAUAUGGAGGUUGAACAAUAUAUUGAUAAUUUAUUAGAUUCCCAAGAUGCAGAAAACGAAAUUGUUCUCAGUCCAGCAGCCUUGAUACAAAUAAUUGAGGAAGCUUGGCUGAACGAAAAAUUCUCACCCGAAAUUUUACCGAAUAAAAUUGAGUAUAUUGAGCUUCUGUUGGGACAGUUAACAGCAAUGGAGGAAAAUUUGAACAAUACUAGUGAUAAGGAUUUAAAAAAAAGCAUACAUCAGCUUGAAGUUGAACGUUUAAAAUAUCUAGUUUGUAGUUACCUUCGUAUAAGGUUGGAAAAAAUUGAAAUGUUCGUUGAAUACGUUUUGAAACAAGAGAAUGAAAGAACAGUAAUGGGUGAAGACUGUUAUUUGACUGAGUCAGAGUUAAAUUUUGCAAAAAAUUAUAAAGAAGGAUUAGAUAAACAUUUUGAUAAUAUCAUGAAGGUUCAUUCAACAAUACCUACAGAAUGGAAAAAUCAUAUAAUUCAGCCUAAUUUACAUAGUUUUGUUUUUUUGAAAUCUAAAGCUAAUAUUGAAAGUAUAGUUAUUGAUGAAGGUAAUGAAGAUGAAACAGUGUAUGUUAAUAAUGACUCUCAAAUGAUAAUUUCUUACAAUAGUAUAAGUAAUUUGGUUAAAAAUGGUGAAGUACAACUUAUUUGAUGUCUUCUGGUAUUAAUAUGAUUGAUGAUAUUCUGUGAAUAAGCUUACCUAUAUAAUGUUUUGAGUAAUAUUAUAUUGAAUUAAAUAUGUCAUAUUUGA